GAUUGCUACUGCGGUGGAAAUGAGAUUCCUGGUGGAUAUUCAGCUGAUCAGAUUCCUCAGUUCGUUCUUCUCACAUUCGACGACGCUGUUAACGAUCUAAACGAGGCCUUCUAUGAAGAGCUGUUCGGCGGAAGGUUUAACCCUAACGGGUGUCCAAUCAAAGCUACUUUUUAUGUUUCUCAUGAGUGGACUGAUUACUCACAGGUCCAGAAUCUGUACGCUAACGGACACGAGAUUGCUUCUCACACAAUAACUCACUCCUUCGGAACAAAUUUCAACGAAGAGAAGUGGGCUAACGAGGUGGUGGGAGAAGCAGAGCUCCUGGUUAGGUUCGCAGGAGUUAACCCUGCAGAUAUUAAGGGGAUGCGCGCCCCCUUCCUUGCUGUUGGAGGAGAUAAGAUGUUCAACAUGCUCAGCAGGUAUGGGUUCUACUAUGACUCUUCUAUGCCAACUGGAUCUCCGUCCUGGCCCUACUCUCUGGAAUACAGGAUGCCACAUUCAUGCAGUGUAAAACCCUGCCCUGGUGAAUCUCACCCUGGUAUGUGGGAAGUUCCAAUGAAAACCCUCCAGGAUGUCAGGGGAGGUUCCUGUUCUAUGGCUGAUGGAUGUUUCUAUACUGAAGAUGCAGAUUCUAUCCAGAAGAUAUUUACCCAGAACUUCCUGGAGCACUACACCAAGAGUAAAGCCCCCUUCCCUCUCUUCUUUCACGCUGCUUGGUUCUUCAACAGGAGUCACAGGAAGGAAGGAUUUCUUAAGUUUAUAGAUUCUAUUCUAGCUCUGCCUGAUGUGUACUUUGUAACCUCACAGGAGCUCAUUGCUUGGACCAGAUUCCCAGAACCCCUACCCCAGGUCCAUACAUCUCCUACCUUCCACUGUAAUUUCCCUGACAGACCUGGACCCUGCAAUAAGAAGAAAUCAAGGUGUAAUUUAUCCCACAAAGGAGACUCCAGGCAGUUUGCCACGUGUCAGCAACAGUGCCCGAAAUCCUAUCCCUGGGUCAAUAAUCUUAAUGGAGACUGAUUAGAGAGUUCCUGAUUCUAGAAAUAUUCUUUCAGAACCCAUUCAUGCUCAACAAUCCUCCUCCUCCUACAAACAUUAAUCUCGAAACCAGUUGUCCUAAUCUAGGACAUAUUUUUCCUCAUCCAGGACGUAUUUGUCCUAAUCCAGGACGUAUCUCCGAUAGUAAAGCUGCUCCGGGACUAAUAAGACCGCUGCUAUAUAGGGUCACUGUGAUAUAAAUAUAUUUAUAGUGAAUAGGGUGCAAUUGGUACUGGGAGAUAGAACUCCAAGUAUAUAUAGACAAUCUAAUUUUAUAUUUUAUAUGAACUUUCAGUAAUAAAUGUCGUGACUAAACUUA